ACAAUAAUUUAUCAUCCUGCGUUACCAGUUUGUAAUAUAUUUCCUAAAAUUUCAUUUCAGAAGACAUUAGAGUUACUGAGAAGUAGUUAAAUUUACGAUACAUUUUUAAAAAGCGAGUGGCAGGUCGUGUCGUCCAACGGGCUUUUACUGUUCGUUGUUCAAUGUUUCUAUCAGAGAAACGUUCACAAGUGUCGACGUUCCAUUGCCAUUUAUUGGCGGUAAGGGUUCCCUGACGGAACGUGUGAACCGUACUUCAGCCGAGCAACACAUAAUUUUUUAUUUCGUCAUGAAACAACAUAUGAUUUUGACAUCUCUCUGAUUUUAAAUCAGUCACAAGAGCAUUGAAAGCACAUAGUUAAAAUGGUGAUCGCAAUCGGUUUCGAGGGAAGUGCUAACAAAAUUGGUGUGGGUAUCGUACGCGAUGGCGAGGUACUGGCAAAUGAACGUGAAACGUACAUCACUCCACCCGGUGAAGGUUUCCUCCCCAAAGAAACAGCUCAGCAUCACCGGUCGACAAUUCACGACAUCCUGCAGCGGGCUUUGCGAGUAUCCGGAGUUACUCCUUCGGAAAUAGAUGUUGUGUGUUACACGAAAGGACCAGGCAUGGCCCCUCCUCUGUUGGUGGUGGCUAUUGUCGCUCGUACGGUGGCUCAGAUUUGGAAUAAACCCAUUCUUGGAGUGAAUCAUUGCAUUGGGCAUAUUGAAAUGGGAAGACUAAUAACACAGGCACAAAAUCCGACCGUUCUGUAUGUCAGCGGGGGCAACACCCAAGUGAUUUCCUACGCAUGCAAGCGGUACAGAAUUUUCGGGGAAACUAUAGAUAUUGCCAUCGGAAACUGCUUGGAUAGAUUUGCCCGAAUUAUCAAGCUAUCGAACGAUCCUAGCCCUGGCUAUAAUAUUGAGCAAAUGGCAAAGAAGGGAACAAAAUAUCUUCCAUUACCAUAUUCAGUCAAAGGAAUGGACGUUAGUUUCUCCGGAAUUUUAUCUUUCAUUGAACAAAAAGCUCGACCGUACAGAAAACAUAAGAAACUAGCGACGGAUACUACCCAAGAAAAAUGGUCCGACGAAGAUCUGUGCUUCUCCUUACAAGAGACUUUAUUUGCUAUGCUAAUCGAAACAACCGAAAGAGCUAUGGCUCAUUGCGGUUCCAAUGAAGUGCUGAUUGUUGGAGGUGUUGGAUGUAACGAACGCCUACAGGAAAUGAUGAAAAUCAUGUGCGAAGAACGAGGUGGUAAAUUGUUUGCUACCGACGAGCGUUUCUGCAUCGACAACGGUGUAAUGAUUGCCCAUGCUGGCUGGGAAAUGUUUCGCAGCGGAACCAGAAUGAAGUGGGAAGAAGCAACAAUUACCCAGCGAUUCAGAACCGAUGAAGUAGAGGUUACUUGGAGAGAUGAUUAAACCAAAACGUUACUAAAAUGAACGUUGGAUUCUAUAUGCAUAUGAGUUGUUAGUUAUUUUCAUUCAGAUGAUCUUGAAUGUGAUAUUGAGUUCGAGAAAAAAAA